AUGCAUCUGGUUCAGGUGUUGGGGGAGCAUCCAACGAACCAGCUUUUUGCCGUCGUUACCUCAGUUCUAGGAGCAACACCUACUGCCAGGACCUCUGCUCCACCAACUGGCUGGGCCUCUACUACACCAAAUGCCAGGGCCUCUGCUCCACCAGCUCCCAAGGCCUCUGCUCCACCAGCUCCCAAGGCCUCUGCUCCACCAGCUCCCAAGGCCACUAUUCCAACACCUCCACUUGUUGCCCCACCAGCCACACCUUGUGCAGCUGCUCCAGCAGCACCAUCUCCGGUUACUUCUGAUAAUAGAUUGAGGUGUGAUAUGUACGUGAUUGAUCCCAAAGAAAAAGAUCCGGUCUUAGUUGCAUCAGGUUAUGUGAAACUUGAAAAGGCAGACAAAGAAGGCAAUAUUAUAAUACAUGGAGUUAAAAAGAAGUUUGAUGAUUUCAAACGUGUCUUUAUUGAGAAGGUGGUUGAAGAAAAUGCCAUUCUACCAUGCCCUAUAGAACAUGAAGGCUUCGACACAGUUGGUUUAGCUAUGAAAGGAAAGAAGAAAGUUUCAAGAGAUCAUUUGGCUCAACCGACUCAGCCACCGAUAAACCCAAAGGGGCCUAAUAAACAGUCUGUCAAACGGUACAUUCCCCCUGCAAAGACACAAUUAUUGUCUGCACUUUCAGAGAUUGUGAAGAAUUGGCCUGCUAAGAAAUCAAAGAGAUACUAUAUUAAACCGGAAGUGUUCGGAGGAGAAGGCCAAGAGUGUUGGAUCAGCGCUGACGAGGUGGAAGAUGUGUGCGAGCUCCAUAUGAUUGGAAAUACUGUUAUGUCUCUUUGGUGCAGUUAUUUGCAAGAACACACACUUAAUCUUGGUGGGUUGAGGAAUACAUAUGCAUUUAAUAAUCCUGCUUCAGUAUCAACUGAAGCUGGUAAACUCAAACAACGUUCAGAGAAUCUAUGUCAGCGAAUGAUGGGUAUGCAACUUGAACAAUGGUUGAUAUGUCCGUGGAAUUCAGGUGAUCACUGGUUGACAAUUAUGAUUCAUGCCAAUACUCAAAGUGUUGCAUAUCUUGACUCGACGAAUGACUUUAUCCGAACUGAUAUUAUGAAAUGUAUCCAAAAUGCUGUGGACAUGUACAGGAUCGAAAAAAAUAUACGAAACAAGGGUCCAAGAAAAUCAACCAAUACACGUGUCGACAAGCAAAUUCUGAUGGAAUACAAUGUGUUCAAGUUAGACGCUCCCUAUAGUAACGAGGAGAUCAAUGCCGUACGGGAUGAGUUGGCCGAAUUUGAAAAAAUGGCACCACAAGUCACAGUUUACUUCCACAAGUUACCCACAACCUCUUCUGCCCAAGGAGGGAAAAAGAGCCACUUUUUGGCAGCAUUCUCUAUUGAUCAAGCACCCAUUUCAUGCAGGGUGCCUGAACCAAUAAAGAAUGUGAAGACAUCUACACCAGCUAAAAAGGCUGGCAGAGGGAAAGGUGUGAAAAACAUCACUAAGAAUGCACAGGCCUUAAGAGGCACAGCAGCAAAGGGAUUUAAAAAGAGGCAUGCCCGGGCAGUGAAAAGGUUUGCAGCAAAGGUUGCCAAGACAGAAGGGAGGCCAACUAAGACUGGCUCCCCCGUAAUGAUCCAGGAAUGGGAGCGUAUCUUGAUUGGUUCUAUUCCUAUUUUCUUGCCCACUACCGUCUCAGUGAUGGUUACCUCUGCGGAGGAAACUGAGGCAACAUCGACUUCUUAA